AUGCCUCACGUGGCGAUCGUCCCCGGUUUCAUCGCAACCGACCUGGCCAACGGCGACGCGACGAAUCUCGGCCGAGGCGGAUCGGACUAUACGGCGGCCAUCCUCGCAUCGACGCUGAAAGCGUCCGCGCUGGAGAUAUGGACGGACGUGGACGGCUUUAUGACCGCCGACCCGAAGGUUAUCAACGAUGCGUACGUGAUCGAGCACCUGAGUUACGUCGAAGCGAUGGAGCUAUGCAAUUUCGGAGCGAAGGUGAUCUAUCCGCCGACGAUCUUCCCGGCUUACCACAAAAAUAUUCCGAUCCCGGGCGAUCAAAGGGAUUUCGUCGAUCAACGACACCUGCCUGAUCACGAUCCAGGCUUGGGCAUGGUCGGCGUUAUCGGCGUCAACUACCGGAUUUUCAAAACGCUCGCCAAAUCGGGAAUCAGCGUAUUCCUCGUCUCGCAGGCGGCGUCCGAAAAUACGACCUCGAUCGGCGUGCGCAACGACGACGCGGAUCUCGCGAUGGAAGUGCUGACUGAAGAGUUCGCGCAGGAAUCGCGCUGGGGGAAAUCAAUAAGAUCAAAAAAGAACCGAAUCUCGCCACGAUCGCGAUCGUCGGCGAAAUAUGAAACACACGCCGGGUAUCGCCGAAAACUGUUCGGCACGCUCGGCCGCAGCGGGAUCAAUGUGAUCGCCUGCGCGCAGGGGGCUUCGGAAACCAACAUUUCGUUCGUGGUGUCGCUCGACAGCUUGCGCAAGACGUUGAACGUGCUUCACGAUUCGUUCUUCCUGUCCGAUUACCAGGUGUUGAAUAUCUUUAUCGCCGGAGUGGGACUGAUCGGAAGCAACUUGCUGGAACAGAUCCGCCUGCAGCAGGCCAAGCUGAUGAAGGAAAAUUCCUUGCAGAUCCGGGUGGUCGGCGCGACCCACUCCAAACGGUAUAUCGUCGACCGCGACGGUCUCGACCUGAAGACCUAUCGCGACGAACUCCGGCGUUCGGAAAACGUCUCGACGCCGGCGGCAUUCCGGGAUGCGAUCCUGUCGAUGAAUAUUUUCAACUCCGUUUUCGUGGACUGCACGGCCAGCGCCGAGGUUGCGGAUAUCUACAAGGAUCUGCUGGAGCACAACGUUUCGGUCGUGGCCGCCAACAAGACCGCGGCGUCGUCCGAAUACGACCGUUACCACGAACUCAAAUCGAUUGCCGUAAACGGGGACGAUCUGAUCAACAGCGGCGACCGCAUCCUGAAAAUCGAAGCGGUGGUUUCCGGAACGCUAAAUUAUAUUUUCAACGAGAUGAGCGCGACCGUGCCGAUGAGCAAAGCGAUCAAAAUGGCACAGGAAGCCGGUUAUGCCGAACCCGACCCGCGGAUCGACCUGAGCGGCAUGGACGUAAUCCGCAAACUGGUGAUUCUCUCCCGCGAAGCCGGGUACCGAGUCGAACAAGCCGACGUGAAAAAGCACCUGUUCAUCCCCGAAAAAUAUUUCGAAGGAUCGGUCGAGGAUUUCUGGCGUAAAAUUCCCGAGAUCGACGCCGAAUUCGAACAGCGCCGCAAAAAGCUCGAAGCGAGCGGUAAGCGCUGGCGUUUCAUCGCCACGAUGGAAAACGGCAAGACCGAAGUGGGAUUGCGCGAGGUAGACAGCGAAAGCCCGUUCUACCACCUGGCCGGCAGCAACAACGUAAUCCUGCUGACAACCGAACGCUAUAAGGAGUAUCCGAUGCAGAUCAAAGGAUACGGAGCCGGAGCCGAGUGA